ACGUAGCGUAAAAUAAUACAAAUCUCACAGAGGCAUCAGCGGCAUUUUGCUCGGGAUCUUUUGUAGGAAUGGGUAUUUUAGAUUGUGCUGUUUCUCGACAAACUUUACCAACCUUUUUAUUAUAUCUAUGCUGUAUAUUUGGACCGUCCCUCGGCACUGAGCUGAGUUUUUUGACAUGCGGAUCUGUCAUUAAACUGUUAAAUGUAAAGCACAAUGUGAGACUUCACUCGCACGACGUACGCUACGGCUCCGGUAGCGGGCAGCAGUCUGUAACAGGGGUGAUGACGAUAGAGGACAGUAACAGCUACUGGAGUGUCCGUGGGACAUUGGACACCUUGUGCCAUCGGGGCACCCCGGUCAAGUGUGGGCAAGAUAUCCGUCUCACCCAUGUCAACACAGGCCGUAACCUGCACAGCCACUACUUCGCCUCCCCGCUGUCCUCCAACCAGGAGGUGAGUGCGUUUGGGGACGACGGGGAGGGGGACCAUCUGGACGAGUGGACGGUUCAGUGUGGGGGAUCUGUGUGGAAGCGAGAGGAGGCCGUCCGUUUCCGUCACAAACCCACCGAUGCAUUUCUGUCAGUGACAGGGGAGCAGUACGGACGGCCGAUCAACGGUCAGAGGGAAGUUCACGCCAUGGCAGACCCCAGCCAGCACAGCCUGUGGAAGGCAAUGGAGGGCGUCUUCAUGAAGCCCAGCGAGAUCCCCACGGGCAGCCGGGACUAUAGCCACCUCCACACAGAGUUCUGAGCUUCACUUUUCUUAUUUCUCCCUUCCUAUCGUCCCAUCUGUUUACCAUCGUUCUCUAUACCUCUGUCCCGCAUAACACAUGUACCAGCAACUUAUCUAAUUUAUCCCUCCCAUCAACUUUUGACUUUCAUAUUUCCAGGCGAUUUUGCCAAAGUCUUUACAUGGAACAGGUUACAAUGACUUCAAAUGAUCAAUCCAUACCUCUCUCUUACAUGUUUUAGGAAACACUACUUGAAUCCUCCAAGAUCCAUCAGCUACACUCAAAACUUUAAUAGAAUAAUAGUUUGCCUUAACAGGGGCAAGAAGACAUAAAAGCAUGAAAACCGUACAAAGACUAAUCUUUGGCUUUACGUCCUCUUAGCUGUUAUUUAUUGUUAGAAACUUGCCAUCAGAAAACACAAGGCAACUCAGAAGGCAGGAGGGUUUUGCAGAUAAGUAGAACAAAGUCAUCAAGUGAGUGUUGUGUUUUCUAAGACUUUGUUACAUUGUUACACUUGUCAUAUUCCACUCAAACAAUUUAUAAGCAGUGUUACCAGGAUAAAUAACUUUUCCCCCCUUUAAGUCAGAUUCGGUGUUGCGUAUGAAGGAUUCCAACACCAACUUACAUGAGUGUACGCAGAUUAAUCUGUUAAGGUGUUUUUUAAAAUAUGAUUUUGAUCAGUUUGCUGUGUGCUGGGAGAAUAACCAUGUAAUGCUGUCUCUGCAGUGGAUGUGUUAGAUCAACUCUGAAUGUGUUAGAUCAACAGUCAUGCAAUGAAUACCUAAUAUUAAAUGAUUUGUAUGCAUUUAA